GCAUGCGUAAACACAGGUGAACCAGCCAAAAUGGCGACCAACAUGAGCUGAAGGACUGAAUGAUGAAACUUGAUCUUUCGCUGUUAUUCUCCCUGGAGAUAUGUCCAUAUAAAAUAGUUAUUCUUCCAUUGAUAUCUGCAGGACAYCAAGAAYCUUGCAAUCGGUUGUAAAAUUGGAAAAUCCAUUGUGCUAGAGACGUUGCUCAAAUCCAGUUCACGUUGUUUGUCUGGUWAACUGCUCCCAUGUGACAACUACCUCAGUCACAUUUGAUGUUUACAAGCUGUUUUCGGCAUGGCGAGUGAUGGUAGCGACAAAGAAAAGAAAAUMAGCUCGAGUACGAGUUUUUCUGAGCGUUCUGCGUCCUCACAACARACUGGAAGUAGCGUUUGGAACCUCUGCGACACUCAAGCAGUUGACCUCAGAGAUAUAACUCCGUCUAUUAGUCCUGUCUUUACCGAGGAUCAAGUCCGGGAACUUAGCGGGCAGACCGGUGAUUUGGAYGUUUUAGGAGAUAACUUUUUACCUCAUAUCAAGCGUAUUACUGAAGUUUUGUCGCCAGAGCAAACUAAUUUGAUUAUCAGCACAUGUACAUCGCUAUGUAGCGAAUCGGAUGGCUUGAGCUAUUCUCAUCCCGUGGUGGGCUCUAUCGGUCAUUUCGUGUCUCAGCACGAACCGGUGUUAAAUUCUCCCCCUGAAAAAACCUCAUCAAAACACAAUGCAACUUCAGAAACAACAAAAAGUGGUGAUGUAGRACAAUCGGAGGYAAAACAUCUGGCCAAAUCUACGGACAGCGUCGAUUCUGGUACAGCAAAGUGUGCCGAUGGUACCGAGAUUGAUGCUCAAGAUCCGAUAGAGAGCACAAAUGAAGAACUAGUUCCAACAACGAAGGAAAACAAGCCAAAGAAUGAAAAAAUCAAGUCGACUUAUACUUUAAGAAGCUCUCCGCGGAAGGCUGCGAGAGAAGAGAAAAACACAGCUGAAAAUCCGUCUAUAAACACACGUCAGAAGAACAAGAAAGAUGUAAAGGACACCGAACGACGCAAGAGUCCUCGUGGCCAGAAGCAAACCCCACAGAAAGACGACACGUCUGCUGCGCCAGAAAAGAAGAGUCCAGCAAAAAAAGGCAAACAAAAGGAAGACCAAAGUGAGCCAGAAUCGAAUAGUAAGGAAGAAAACAAGAAGGACGAGGGAAUGAGUCUUCGAAGGUCUUCAAGAAUUCAAAAAAAUGACAUAAGCCCAGCAAAACACACAUUGCAAUCUCCACGUAAAGGAAGGGGAGCCAAGAAAAAAGUACUUACAGAAGAAACUGAUACAAAGGCAGACCAGAAUGAAGCUGAACAGGUUGGAAAACUAGAAGAUAAAGCAAAUCCAAAUCUAGAGACAAAAGCAGAAAAAGAACAAGACGAGGAAUUAAGCUCCACUGAAACUGAAAGUAAGGAGAGUAAAGAUGUCUCAAACAAAUCCAAAACUGCUACCAAAAAAGAAGAACUCAAUGAAGAUUGUAAAAAAUAUUCUGUUAAAGAAGAAAAUCAGCCAAACUCAACUACAACCAAAAUAGAACAUCCAGAUACAACUGAGAAAGAAAACCUUGAAAGCAAAGACCCUGUGGGGGAGGGGGCAGAAGUGGAUAAUCCAGUCCCCUCGGGUGAAGGGUCAGUAGCUACUAAUUUAAUUCCAUCAGGAGAAGAGGCAAAAAGUGAAAAAUUAGUCACUUCAGGAGUGAAGUCAGCUGAUUCCAAUCUAACCCCAACAAGAGAAAGGACAGUUGAUACUAAUUUAGUCCCCACAGGAGGAGGGACAGUAAAUACCAAUUUAGUCCCCACAGAAGGAGGAACAGUGAAUACCAAUUUAGUCCCCACAGAAGGAGGGACAGUGGAUACCAAUUUAGUCCCCACAGGAGGAGGGACAGUGGAUACCAAUUUAGUCUCCACAGGAGAAGGGACAGUAGAGACAGUUAAUACCAAUUUUAUUCCUUCAGAGUUAAGGAAUAUAGGAGACAACAUUGUCCCAGCAAGAGUAGGGACAGUAGAUCCAAGUGUUGUUUCCACAGAAGUAGGCUCUGGUCUUAUYCCCAUGGGGAUAGGGACAGUAGGUGAGAAUUUAAUCCCCACUAGGGAGGGGAUGCUAGGUACAGAUGUUCUUACUGUAGAGAAGGACAUUUUAGAGAUCAUUGAGAAAGAAAUCAGUCUGCCAGACAAAGAAAGACUGCACUUCCAYGAUGAUACUGUUGACRUUUUUGAAAAGAAGGAAGAAUUGAUAAAAAAUGAARGCRAAUCURSAGAUAAUGARCCUAAUCCUGUUGAYGAGGUUAAGAAAUCAGAUGGUGAAGAYUCUAAAACAGAGGAUGAAAUGAAAAAAMCUGAAGUUAAGCAAACWAAAAGAAAGGGUGCACAUAAAAAAGAAUUGCAGCCAUCKAGGAGAAGCAAUCGUAUAAGUGAAAGUAUCCAGAAGAAAGAAAUUGAAGCAGCMGUUAAGAAGGCACAAGAAGAAAUGUUUCGAGAAAGAGAAGAACAAGAAMGGUUGGAACGAGAAGAGGAAGAAAGGAAAAAGAAAGAGGARGAAGAAGAGAAAAAGAGAGAAGAAGAAGAAGAAACACAAGAGAAUGAAAUUGAAAGCAAAGAAGAUAAAGAACAGAAAGAGGUCAAGGAGAAGGAGUCACCAAAAAAGAAAACAACUAAAAGAAAAGAAAAAGAAGAAAAAUCAAAGGAAAAAAAGAAAAGCAAAGAUCAUGAGGAAAACCUACCAGAAGCUAAAUCCAAAGAACAACCAGACUCAAUAAUAAAUAAAAACAAAGCCAAGAAAAAUACAAUAAAGAAGCAGUCAACUGAAAAGCCCGAAGAACGAAAAAGAACAAAAUCUGAGAGUGAGACAACUCUCUUUGCAGUUGGUGGCGACCAUGAGGUGUACUCAACAGUGAAACAUAAACGACUUUCAACAGACAAUGAAGCAAGCAAGGAGAAUGAAGAGAAGCAUGAGUCUUCUUCAUCUGAAGACGRCAAGGAUUCAGAUGAUGAAGCAAUGGAGGAAGAUGAUUCUGAUUACGACCCAGAGUACGACCCUGAGAGACUUUGGUGCAUCUGCCGAAAACCACAUGGAAAUAGGUUUAUGAUUUGCUGUGAUUCCUGUGAAGAAUGGUUACAUGGUGACUGUGUGUCCAUCACCAAAGAAAUUGGCAAAGAAAUGGAGAAAAAUGGGAUUGAAUACAUCUGCCCACGAUGUGUGAUAGCUAAGAAAAAGCUUAAAGAACAAGGAAUUGACCCAAAUAAAGACAAGCCAGCUAGUGAAACAACCCAAAAAAGAGAAGACACAGAAGACUCAAAAUCCCAGGAGAGAAAUAUCACCGACACUCAGCUGACUCCACCACAAAGGUACCACAAUAUUACCAGCCUAGUCCCCAGGCGCUCCUCGGGUCUGACCAAGAAAAGCAAACGGGAAGGUCAUGACAAGAAGCCCAAGGAAGAAAAGGACAAAGAAACCAGUGAAAGCAAGAGAAAGAGUAUUGAUACAUCAUCAUUCUACAAAAUACCAAAGAAGGUGCGUACAACACCAACCCCUGCAUCGUUUUCAAGUCGAGCUCAAAGGAAGUGUAUCAACUCUGGCUGUGACAACACUGCAGAAACUCAUUCUGUAUACUGCAGCGAUAAAUGCAUAACAAAACAUGCUCAAGAAGCCAUUAACCUUCUUCAUGAAGAAAGAAAAAAGAGAUCUGUCAGUUCCCAUAAACCUACAACAUCACACAGUUCUGGUAUUAAUGUACCAAUGCCUUGGGAAUCACAGCAGGCUAAGACUCCCACCUCUCCUCAAGUCAAAGAAAGAGUUGCAGUGAUUGAAAGAUCAACAGGUCGUGUUAUAGCUGGCGUUGCAGCUCCUGCUGAACAGGAUUUAGUACARUGGUUACACAGGCAUCCCACAUUUGAAGUCAUCAAACCAUCAGUGAGUAAAGAAGUUCGAAAGAAAGAUAAAAAGGAAGAAGAAAAAGCCAUCAGAGAUAAUGUGAAAAGAACUCUGAAAGACAUCUUGUCAAGCAGGCUAAAAGAAGUACCAGAGCUCAAGCUGAGUCCAGAAGACAUCUCUAGAUUCUCUAUCAACAUUGAAGAAGACCUUUACAAACUGUUUGGUGAGGCAGGGCCUCGCUACAAGAGCAAGUAUCGCAGUCUUGCUUUCAAUUUGAAAGAUUUCAGAAAUAAGGUUUUAUUCCACCAUGUGUUGAGUGGAGAAGUACCAACUGAUAAGCUUGUUGGCAUGACAGCUGAACAACUGGCUAGUCAAGAACUGGCAAGAUGGAGAGAAAGGGAGACCAAACAUACCAUUGAAAUGAUUAAACAAAACCAACUUGAUAUCAAUGCCUCAAAGGGACACAUCAAGAAAACACACAAGGGAGAAAUUGAAUUGGAUGAGGACGAAGACUUAAGUUCUCUYGAGUCGCGAACUCCCUCUAAAGACAAAGAAAAUUCAGAAGUAGCAGAACCAGACAGUAAUACCUCUCCUGGUCCCCUACUGAUUGACACAACGGACCAGCAUCGCAUCCACUUGUUUGAUCUUAACUGUCGUAUUUGUACUGGCAAAAUGCAACCCCCUGGGGAACCCCCUCGACAAGAAGACAUGCUGAUGCUUGUAUCCACAACUACUCCGAUCCAGGCCCUCGCAGAAAGCUCAGUGCCCUCUCCUCCUCCAGUGAGUGUAGAUAUUACUUCAGUCAGCUCAACAGAUUCAUAUGAUGUAGCCUCAGUUUCGCCUCCUACUCCUGCAAAACCGGUUAAACGAGACAAGCCAGUUUGGAARGGUUACGUCAUGAUGCAGAGUGUUUCUAAAUUCAGUACCAAUGCUUAUAAAGUGUCUGGUCCAUGUGACGACCUUCUGCACUUACUACCAGACACACUUCAUCUUCAAGGACGAAUUGGAUUUAAACAAGUAUGGGGCUAUAUAGAACAGCUACGGCACUCAACAACUAGGGAUGUAUCAAUAGUCCGUUACGAGGUUUCAUCAGACGACGAGAAAACAAGUUAUGUGUCUCUGUACUCGUACUUCUACAGUCGUAAGCGCUGUGGUGUUGUUAGUAACUGUUAUACAGGGGUCAAAGAUAUGUACCUCGUGCCACUCGCCUCUCAUGCUGCCAUACCGUCAGAACUGCUACCAUUUGAUGGACCAGGUCUUGAAGAACCUCGACCUCACAUGCUAUUAGGCGUAAUCGUCCGCACCAAAGCCCAUUUUAAACGACCACGCCCUGUUCACCAUCGCUCAGGCUCCUCCCCAACUCCCAAACGCCGUCAUGGCAGCAGCCGAAGCAGCGAAGAAAGCCAACAGAAGGAUUCUCCACCUCGUGAAAUUGAAGAUAUUGUGUUCUAUAACAAGAGGUCGUCAGUGGAGAAUAAGCCUGCUGUGUCGCCUUCUUCAGGAUCGUCAGAUCAUUCGAGUACACUUAGCUCGCCGUCAGCUACAACUUCUAAUGUAUCAGAGACUUCUGUAGAGAAGAAACAGCAAUCGCACAAAGAGGAGCUACAGGAUUUGGCUGAUCGAGCCAAACAAUACAUCGCUUCAGCUCUUAAAGCAAAACAAAAAGUACAACAAAAAGACACAGAAGGGGAAACUAAAACCGAAGAAACAAAACCAGAAGACGAAGACAAACCCUACGAUCCCGAAGAAGACUUCGACCUCGACCUCGAGUUAGAAAAACCCAUAGACGACAAGAAAUCAUCAAAAACUCCUCUAAAAUCAUCAGAUGUAAGCUCCACACAGGAGUCCACUUCCACUAAAUCUGAGAAAGAAACUGGGGCUACUUCAACUAGUGAAGCCACGGCUUCUUCUCAACCAAUUAAGACGUCUUCGUUAAAUACAGUAUCGUCGUCGACACCAGCUUUAACGGUGCCAUCUCUUCCACCGUCUAUUUUCAUGCCGCUCUCCAGCACUGUUGGCACCGCGACCAGCUCGUCUUCAUCACAGCCUUUGGUUACAAGUAGUCAGCUUCCUAAGUUGUCAAUACCAACCACAGACCUGGCAGGCAUCGUGAAGCUACUUCAGCAAGCAAAUAGCACGCAAUCAGUUAACACUAACCAACCACCCACACAUAAAGUUCCGACAGCCACAAGUGCACCUACAACAGUCAUGAGAGACACAAGGGAGGAUCACCACAGGGGGAGUGCUGAAGCAUACCGACGUCCUCCGGGAGAAGAGAGAAGACCUGUCGACAGUCAUGGUAGUACCAAUACAACCGAGACAGACAGACAACGUAUUGACAGGGAACGUCUCGAAUGGCGUGAACGCCGCCAAUCUAAAGACGGUCCAAGGGACCACGGACCACCACACGAUGACCGAUGGAGGGAUCACCCUAGGGAUAAUCGUGGUCCACCACAACGGYGGGUAUCAGAUGAAAGAUAUCAAGGAGACUACCGGGGUGCACACGCUGGCCGGGGAAGGUACCACCCCUAUCACCGGGAUGACCGGAGAGGGGAACGUAGAGGUGACAGACGCGACGAUUCAAGAUGGAGAGAAAGAUGGCGACGGUAAAACUAUGUACAUUUUCGAUACAUAUACAACAGGUAGCAGAUUUCCAGUCGUUGAUAAAGGUUCAUUGCGUGACACGUGACAUGACGUGACGUUACGGUGUUUACAGGAGGUGAUGAUCGCCAUAUCGUACGGCAGCGCGACGUCAUGUGUAAUGAUACGCGCGAUAUAUAUAACAUAAGGUGUCACGCGUGACAUACCAUAGCUUAUCGUUGCAUAAUAGUGACGUCGUGUAUUAUUACGUCGAAGUGUAAGGAAAUACUUGCAAUUACGUGACAUCACUUUUGUGACUAACUAUCAUCUUCCAUGACAUUUGAUUGCAUUAUUUCUGGCGUGACACGUACCUUGACGAUAAGUGAUCAAAUUUUAAGUUUUAUCUGUAUUUUUUUACGAUUGUUGCUUUAACACGUCGUUGUUUCUUGUUUCCUAAUACCUGUUAAAGUGUAAAUCGUACAGCCACAAAAGGCAAAAAAUUUCUAUCAAAGUCGUUGCGUUACAGCUUCACCUUUUAAGAUAUGACACGACAUGUUUGUCAGAUUGUUGCCUAUGGUUUAAGUCCCGUUAAAAUGAAAGAGAACGUCCAUAUUUGGCAUGGAUAACCGUUACGUCCGAUAGUAGUAGAAACUAAAACAGAAUUAGAGUUUUCUAACGUGAGUGAAGGGCAAAAUCUUUCAUGUGAACUUUGUUGCACUCAGUUCCAUAAAUAGUUCAGAUCGCCACUUGUUGUGCCUUUUCAGUCGGGUGCCGGGUGCCAAUGGGCCUCUGGCUGACAAAUGAGUGAAAACUAUGACUUGUGGGAUCAGGGUCGAUUUAAAACGUAAAUAGAAAAGUAAAUUAUUUUACAGCCGUUUUAAAAAUGCUGUCAAAGACGUACUACGCAGGUGUAUUGUGGUUCGGAUCAUGAGAAUCAGGGUGUAUUUCAACCUGUUUUCGUAAUGUUUAGCUAGCAAUUCUCCUUUGUUCAGUUAGUCAUCAAAAUCGUUACUGCAGCAACAUUAUUGAAACGGUUGUACAGCUGUCACGCUUCUAUUCCUCAAUUAGAUUUUAUUCCGUUUCGGAUUUUUUUACCCCACGACAUUCCAAUUUGUUUCGUUUUAAUAUCGUUUUAUUGUUUCCCAUUUUUACUACCAUGUUGUACUCAACUGCACUUUGAACAGCCGAGUAAAAUUGCUUUUCAUUGAUACACAAUAGACUUCUGAACCUUUUACGUCACUACUGGCUUUUCAAUGCAUUGUGGGAUUAGUUUCUAGAGAAAACAAAAGAAAUCCGCCAUUUUCUGUCCCAAACAUUUCCUACAAUGCAUUGCGUACACGGUGCAUGAUGUAAAAAGCUUCAGAGGUCUAUUGUCAGUGCAACACUCAGUUAGCUAGACUGUGAACAGAGACUUUUUUUCAAAUACGGCAGCCAUUUUGAAUUGGAGAUUUCCACAAUAUUGACUCUUCUCAAACUUCCAAGCGGACUUAGCCUCGAAUCUAUGUAUAUAUUGAUUGUUUAAUCUGUUGUUUCCUAUCCUAGGAACGCGGCUACUCGCUCCUGUACUGGAAUCUUAAGAAUAGUCAAUAUCGGCUUGCACUAGGAAAUCUUGUUAUCGACUGUUCAUGUACAGCUUCGGGAAUACGGUACAUUUAUCAAUUUUACCUUGUCAGUCGUACAUGAAACAUUGAUUUUCAAGUAUAGUCCUAUAGAUAUAUAAAUAAAAUAUGGUUAUAAGAGAAAGUAUUUUUGGAAUGCAAUUCUAUAAACAUAACAGAAAGAAAAAAUUCCAGCGUUUCUGGAGUGCAUUGUGGAAUUCAAAAUGGAGGCUGUUUAGUAUUUUGUAAAAUAAUUAAAGAUCUGUUUCUCAAACAGUCUCGAAAAAGCGGAUGGAUUGUUGUGUUAGCGAUUUUUACUCUGUGCAAGGGUUUGAUGCGUUCAGUUUUUCUUGGCAAUUAGUCUUAAAAGUUGAAUGUUUGGUAAGGUUUUUUGAGAGUUGUCUAGCGUUAGCAAAAGGAAUAGGGUAUUCAUUAAUGUAAAUAAUACUAUUUCUUACAGAUAGUCCAGAUAAAGUGAAUUAAAUUGUUAUAGAAAUCACCUGA